AUGAUAAGAGGAGCAAGGAGGAUACUCAAAACACAAACCAAGGAGGACAUAGAAGAGGUUGAGAGGGUGAGGGAAGAAAGGAGAACCAAAAGAAGGAAUGAUCCUCUCAGCAGUGAGAGCGAAGCAGGAGAGUUUGAAAUUGGGGUGAACAUCCCACAUGAGGAGAAUGAUGACUCCCCAAGUGAAGAAGAGGGUGAAGAGAUCAAUCAAGAGAUUGAGGAGAGUGAGCAUGAGGGCAAUGAGAAUGUGCCCAUGGAAGAGGAGGAGUCAAGUGAAGAAGAGGAUGAGCUCCCCAUGUACCAAGAGCACUAUGAUGCUCUUUCUCCAUGGACUUCAUGGACACCAAGUACCCACAUGUUGACACCAUGA